CUAGAAUCUUGACACCGGGCCAGACGGAUUCCCCGUCCCCUUCCUUCUUCCCUCUUCCGUUGCCGGUGCUUCCGCGUCCUGUCUCUCUCUCCCGGCGAGCGAUCGGGAGGGGAGCGGGAUGGCCUCCCAUCCCCCCAAUCCCACCGACGGCGACGUCCCUGCAGGGAAUAACUCAGAGUUGCCAUCCCUGCCCUUUCAUGUUGUUACCAAACCUGGUCAACUCCCAGUCGAGUUUCUCGAGCCCUCUGCUGCCCACAAGUUGGUGAUUGGCUUUGACUGCGAAGGUGUUGACCUUUGCCGCAAUGGUGCUCUCUGUAUCAUGCAGAUUGCAUUUCCUGAUGCUAUUUACUUGGUCGAUGCUAUCGAGGGUGGAAAAGAGCUCAUUGAAGCAUGCAAACCUGCACUCGAGUCAGAAUAUGUCAUCAAAGUUAUUCACGACUGUAAAAGGGAUAGUGAGGCGCUGUAUUUCCAGUUUGGUAUCAAAUUGCAUAAUGUCAUGGAUACACAGAUCGCCUAUUCUCUGAUAGAAGAGCAGGAAGGGAAAAAGAGAGCAUAUGAUGUUUAUAUAUCUUUUGUGAGCCUUCUGGCUGAUCCUCGUUAUUGUGGAAUGCCAUAUCCUGAAAAGGAAGAAGUCCGUACCCUUCUAAGGCAGGACCCAAACUUCUGGAAAAAUAGGCCCUUGUCUGAAAUGAUGAUUCGAGCAGCCACAGAUGAUGUGCGCUUCCUUCUCAAUAUACAUGAGAAAAUGAUGGAGAAGUUAAGCAAAGUAUCUCUAUGGCGUCUUGCUGUUCGAAGUGAGCUAUACUGCAGGUGCUUUUGCAUAAAUGACAACCAGUAUGCAGAUUGGCCACCUCUUCCUACUGUCCCUGAUGACUUUGAAGCUGAAGUUCAUGUUCCUGAAGUGGAUAUCCUUUCACUCUUAGAUGUUCCUCCUGGGAAAAUGGGACGUGUUAUUGGCAGAAAGGGAUCAUCAAUAAUGGCUGUGAAAGAAUCUUGCAACGUUGAAAUCCAUAUUGGUGGUGCAAAGGGACCUCCAGAUAGGGUGUUCAUCAUUGGACCAGUGAAGGAAGUUAGAAAGGCGGAGGCUAUCCUGAGGGGCCGAAUGCUGGAAUUCUAGAGAAACCACCUUCUGUGGGACAUGCUUCAACUCCUCCAUCUUGUGAACACAAAAGGAGAAAUGCACUCUGCCUUCCGGAUCUCUGAUCCUUGGCAAAGUAAAAAUAAAAGUGUUGAAGGCAACUUCCUCUAUCUUAACAUGUUCGUCCUGCCAAGCUUUCUUUCCCAA